AUUACUAAUUUUGCUAGGAACUAGAAGCUGAGACCAGUUUCUGGACCCCUUUUUUUCAGACUAACAGGAUGAGACAGAUUAUAAAUUUGAGAGGGUGAUUGUUAGAGAAGGGGGUGUUUGAAUGUUGAGUUUUUUGCCCUAGGUUCUUCUUGGAUGAAGGGGUGGUGGAUUGCAGCCCUCCAAACACAGUGCUGAUCUAGCUUGAGUGGAAGGCUGAUUGGAGGAUGUUGUUGAGUCAGUCCCCAGAUAUUCAUUGGAGAAUUAGGCUGAAAGGGACAAUUUUGUCACUUAAUGCCCUUUUUUGAGUGGGGACUUUUCUACUGGAUAUAGAGAGCUUUGAUUCAGGCUCUCAGAUGGAUGUCACUUGAAAGUUUGUCUUUCAUUUGAUCUGGCAUUCAUCAUUCCUCUGUCAGUGUUUCUUCUUUGGUUUGUCUUCAUUUUGUAAUUCCUGUCCUGCUACGCAGAGGUUAGAUUAACAGUUGUCAGUAGAUUUUUACUCUCCUUUGAGAAUACUGUGCUCUGGGGCUUUCUGCUAUUUUCUGCCUUUUUCAUAUAUUGACUGAAUUUGUUUUGCUAAGAAUGAUAAGGGUUUUUUCUCUUUUGGCUUAGGGAACUCAACACUUAGGUUGGAAAGUUCCCAGUAGAAAGUUUGUAUCUAUAUGUUUUCCCACUUAUAGAAUUUACUUUAAAUGCUUUCUGUACUCACGUAGUUGUGGUAAAAACAAAGAAUUUAUAUUUUCAGGAAGGAAAUAGGUGUUUUGGUGUAGUACUGUGUACCUCUGUCAGGACUCUGCUAACAGAAAUCUGACAAAGUAGAGCCCUUGCUUCAACUAGUUACAAAGUUGUUAUUCCACAUUAUGCCUUGGUGUUGAUCCCAUUCAAGCAGUGCCUUAUUUAAAUGCCAGGAGUUUUGAGCUCUUAGAUAUGAGAAGGGAAUUAACAAAAAUACAAUUAGAAUUAAAGGGCUUUGCAGCAACACACUGGAUAAAUAUAAACAAUAACAUAGUUUGGUGAUUUCUUAGGAGCAUGCACUUUACUCUUUUGCUUGUCAAGUCUUAAAGCUUGGUGGGUUUUGGAUUUUAAAGGCCAGCUGACAGCUCAGCCUCACUCACUCCUAGCUGGUGGGAUGGGGAGAAAAUUGGAAGAGUGAAAGUGAGGAAAACUCAUAACUGGGACAAAGACAAGUUAGUCGGUAAAGCAAAUGACACUGUGCCAGCAAGGCCACAGGUUUCCAGUUCCUCUCAGUUUUGUCAGUUCAGCUAAUUGCAAGGCAGCCUCUCAGUGUGCAUUUGUGAUAUGAUCCAGCUGGAGGUGUGUCUUUUAGGGGCUCGGGGUUUUUCCCUGGUAAUCUGAAUGAUGUAAUGGCUCUGCUGCCGUCACUACCAAAUGUUUGAGUUUGCGCAAUAGGGGAGGUAGUGACCUGUGAGGACAGUGCAGAAAUUAGCAAAUCUGGAAGAAGGAAAACCUGAAAAUUUCUCAACCUACAAAGUUCACUUGGACAUAAGAAACUCUAGGUAAAUCAUUGGAGACUUUUGCCUUGAAGCACCACUUAUAGACCUCCAGAGUGAGUAGUUGAAAGGCAAGUGCUUUCCAUGGGUGCCCAUGUCCUGCCUCUGCAGCUGGUGGGAUCCCUGGAUCACUUUUGCUGGCCAGAAGUUACACAACAAGCAGUCAAAAGUUCAGAGGUCUCGGUGCCAGAGAGGACUUUGGUUUGUGAGGAAGCUCCCUCCCAGAGGAGCCCCGAAGCUGCGAGAAGGGCAGCGCGAAGCAGCGGCAGAAACUUCCCAGCCAGUUGUUUCCGUACGAAAGAAGCAAAUAGGAGAUCAUGAGAGAACUUUAAAGGCACAUAAGGAAGAAGACAACCCUCAGAAAACAAUGGAAGUGAAUGGGCUUACGCCGGUGCCAGAUUCCUAUGACUAUGAUCUCAUUGUCAUUGGUGGAGGCUCAGGAGGUCUGGCAGCUGCCAAGGAGGCUGCCAAAUAUGAAAAGAAAGUGAUGGUGCUGGACUUUGUCAAGCCUACGCCUCAGGGAAGCUCAUGGGGUCUUGGAGGAACAUGUGUAAAUGUGGGCUGUAUACCUAAAAAAUUGAUGCACCAGGCAGCUUUACUGGGACAAGCCUUGCAAGAUUCACGCAAAUUUGGGUGGCAGUUUACAGAAGAAGUCGAACACAACUGGAUGACCAUGACAGAAUCUGUUCAGAAUUACAUUGGGUCGCUGAACUGGGGCUAUCGGGUUGCACUGAGAGACAAGAAGGUCACGUAUGAGAACGCAUAUGGAGAAUUUGUUGGGCCACACACAAUUAAGGCAACAAACAAAAAAGGAAUUGAGAAGCUGUACACAGCUGAGAGAUUUAUCAUUGCCACUGGUGAACGACCACGCUACCUGGGUAUACCUGGAGACAAGGAAUAUUGCAUUAGCAGUGAUGACCUCUUCUCUCUGCCUUACUGCCCAGGGAAAACCCUGGUGGUUGGAGCUUCUUAUGUUGCCUUGGAGUGUGCGGGAUUUCUUGCAGGCCUUGGAUUAGAUGUCACUGUAAUGGUGAGAUCCAUUCUCUUGAGAGGAUUUGACCAGGACAUGGCAAACAGAAUUGGCGAAUAUAUGAAAGAACAUGGAGUCAACUUCAUUCGGGAGUUUGUGCCAGUCAAGAUUGAACGGGUUGAGGAAGGAACUCCUGGAGUACUGAAAGUUACAGCCAAGUCUACAGCGGGGGACCAAAUGAUUGAAGGGGAAUACAACACUGUGUUGCUGGCAAUUGGACGAGAUCCAUGCACAAGAAAAAUUGGUUUGGACAAGGUUGGAGUAAAUAUCAAUGAAAAAACGGGAAAAAUUCCUGUCAAUGAUGUGGAGCAGACAAAUGUGCCGUAUAUCUAUGCUAUUGGAGAUAUCCUGCAGGACAAGCUGGAACUCACACCAGUGGCAAUCCAGGCAGGAAGGUUGCUAGUUCAGAGGCUUUAUGCUGCGGCAACCACUAAGUGUGACUAUGUGAAUGUUCCAACUACUGUAUUUACUCCUUUGGAGUAUGGAGCCUGUGGGUACGCUGAAGAGACCGCAAUGGAGAAAUUUGGGGAGGAAAACAUUGAGGUGUACCAUAGUCAUUUCUGGCCACUGGAGUGGACUGUGCCAUCCAGAGAUAACAACAAAUGCUAUGCAAAGAUAAUUUGCAAUAUUCAAGAUAACGAGAGAGUCAUUGGUUUCCAUGUCCUUGGUCCAAAUGCUGGAGAAGUCACCCAAGGGUUUGCAGCUGCUAUUAAAUGUGGAUUGACAAAAGAACAGCUGGACAACACCGUAGGGAUUCAUCCAGUCUGUGCAGAGGUAUUCACCACUCUGUCCGUGACUAAGCGUUCUGGUGAAAACACCAUUGUGAGCGGAUGCUGAGGUUAAAUUACCCCAUCCUUGCUAUUGCCAGAGACUGACUUUCAUCAAAGUGUCUGACUCCUGCAAUUCAGAACGAAGGUUUGAGGGGAAGUCACCCUUGGACACCUGCAGAAAUGUGUAGAGUUUAACCUGGACAUUCCAUCGUCCUAAGGAGAAGAGCUCCGUGGGAGUUGGCCACUUGUGGUGCCUGGCUGGCAAUUAGCAAUGCAAUGGGAAUCUUGACUGUCGAGCUGGUGAUUAGCAGGGCAUUUAAUGAAUGCUUUCAUGAAGUCAUAGCCUGAAGCCUGCAUUGUCUGGUGGGCAGUGAUGGAAGAACUGCUAGCACAGCUGGACAACAGCUGCUUUGGUUUAACUUUAUUCCUCUCUAGCUACUUUCUAGAACACUCCUUCCUAGUUCUUUCCAGAACAAAGAACUUCCCAACUCAGAAAAAUCCCCCCCAAGUUCAGAUCAGAUCAAUUGUAUCAGAUCAAAAAGCUUCUGUGUUUUGGGUCAUGACACAGCAAGUGCAAGGUCUCCUCAUGAGCAUGCACUUUACCAGCUCACAGGCCUACGGACGGCAAGUUCUACUUGUUUGAUCAUGAGGAAAAAAAUAGCCUUGGAAAAAAGUUUAGUACCACCUGAAACAACAUAUUUCUUGCCUUACAAACUGACUCUGUUAUGACUUUUUAUUUAGAGAUCCUUAUUUAAGCCUUAAAUAUUCUUCUCAAUGAGAAAGAAAAAUAAUAUAUUAAGGCCUUUUGAUACAGAAAGUUGUUGUGUUUCUUCCCUGAAAUCAUGCAUACAAUGUAGAUGUGAUGAUCUUGGCUCUUCUUGAAGCUCAUGUGAUUAUAAAGAAUCUGAUUUGGAGCUGACAAAAUUCCAAUGUUGAAUGCGUUGUACUUCCAAGAACUCUGUGCAACUUCAUUAAAUUUGAGUAAAUUUCUUUUUUUCCAGGUGAGCUGUCAUUAACUGCACUGUUUCAGGUCUAAACUGGCCACUCCGAACACAAAUGUAUUGAGAUUUCCUGGAGAUAAGUGAGCCUUUUGAAUAAAAAAAAUACACAACCCAACUACACCGCCCUAAAACAACCAACCAAACAAACCCUCCAGCCAAACUCCAAAAACCAAUAGUGAAAAAUCUGUUGUGCAGAAAGGGUCUUAAAAUUAUGUUUAGUUCCAUGUGUGCUAUGUUUUAUAUUUAAUUAAGAAAACAAUACUUUUAAAAUGGAGGUUUCCAUGAAAAUACCCGAUUCUUGAGUAUCCCUCCUGUGUCGGAUAAGAUGCAUAUUUACUUGUCAAGAAAUAGCAAAAAUGCCUCUUUGUAAUGGAAAUGAAUGUGGGUUUUGAUUUGUUUUUCCAUUUCCCUCUCUUUUAGCGGAAAGGUUUGGAUUUCCUUUAGUAAAUGGUUCUUGGGAGUUCAGUAGUGUGAUGUGAACAGGGGGUUAAUUCCCCAGCCCAGUGGGCAGAAUGCCUCAUGCCUAAAUUCCUGCCUAGUAACAAAUUAUUUUACUUCUACUGAGAUUUCUAAAAGAGUGUUGUAAGUUAUUUUUAUAAACCCAUACAUAACUGAAGGAUUUUUAGACAUAUUUUGUAUGGUAUCUAGAAUGUUCUGUGGUGGUAUUUUUCUGGCCAGUUUAAUAAAUAAAUCGAUUUGCACAA